CCCAGACCGAGGCCAAGACCAGGUAAACAAACCGGCCCUGACUUAACCUUAUCUCCCUCUGUAAAGUUGUAAACCCCAAACCACGCCGGCCCCGAGGACACACCUGCACCUGCCCUUGAUUGCCGCCCCCCCGCCCCCACCUUGCCGCCCGGGGGAGGAAGGGAAGGCACCGGCGGUAAGGCUAAAUUAAAGCCAUGUUUGGGCUCUUCCGCAUGCCCCGCUUCAUCCGGCGGUUCAUCCGACGCAAGACAGCCAGGAUGCCGGAAGCCAAAGCUCUGGAAAUAAAGGAGAAGCUGUCAAUUGCAUAUGCCUUCUUUGCCUGGAACUUAUUUGGGUACAUGGCCUACAUGGUGUACUCUGGCCGCUGGACCAAGCAGGAGAAGGAAGACAAGGAGCCUGAGCUGUCUACUGGUCGCCAUUUUGCAAAGCUGCUGAAACUGAGGAAUGUUGAGCUCACUCAUGUCCAUGGUCUCAGUUAUGUGCAGACUUAUGACCUCACCGAAGAAGAAGGUUUUGUAAGUGACAAAGUGAAGGAAAACGAUGAAGUGAAACAAAUCGAUGAAGUGAAACAAGACGAGGAACUUCUGGAGGAAUAAUUUUAG